GCGGGACCAUGUCGGGGCCGCGGUUUGGGGGGGGUCGCGGCGGGGUUUCGGCUCCGCUCGGUUCCCGUCGGCCGCGGCCGGGAUGGAUCUGGGGCCGCUGCGGAAAAGCUACCGGGGGGACGAGGAGGCUUUCGAGGAGCAGCACUUGGCUUCCCACGACCCCAUCCAGCAAUUCGGGGUCUGGUUCGAGGACGCCGUGGGCUGCCCGGCCAUCGGCGAGGCAAACGCCAUGUGCUUGGCCACCUGCACCAGGGACGGGAAGCCCUCGGCCCGCAUGGUGCUGCUGAAGGGCUUCGGGCAGGACGGGUUCCGCUUCUUCACCAACCACGAGAGCCGUAAAGGGAAGGAGCUGGACUCCAAUCCCUUCGCUUCGCUCGUCUUUUACUGGGAACCCCUCAACCGGCAGGUUCGGAUCGAGGGCUCGGUGAAGCGGCUGCCGGAGGAGGAAUCGGAGCGAUACUUCCACUCCCGCCCCAAGAGCAGCCAGAUCGGGGCUGUCGUCAGCCGGCAAAGCACCGUCAUUCCGGACAGGGAGUAUUUAAGGAAGAAGAACACGGAGCUGGAGGAGCGGUACAGGGAGACGGCGGUGCCGAAGCCGGCGUACUGGGGGGGUUACAUCCUGCAGCCGGACGUCGUGGAAUUCUGGCAGGGCCAAACCAACCGCCUGCACGACCGCAUCGUCUUCCGCCGCUUGCGGGAGGGCUCGGCCCCCCUGGGAGACAUGACGCACCGGGGAGAGGGCGAAUGGGUCUUCGAGCGCUUCGCCCCGUGAGGCCGCCGGCGUCUCCGGCUGCAGUCGCCCGAUCAGGAGCGUCACCUUGUGCCAAACCUGUCCCCUCAUCAUGCCCCGGGGGGGAACGGGGCUGGCCCUGCUCUGCCCUUCCCCGGGAGAUGCGUGCUGAGCUCGGGGGGGGGGGGGGGGGAUCUGGUCCAGCCCGAGACCCUCAUCUCCCUUCGUGCCUCCCGAGAGCCGCCAGUGGGUCCCCGAGACCGUCUGCUUCCCCUCACCAACACGUGGGGAGCGACCGCUCCCAGCGCCGCUGGUGGUUAAUUAAUCAUGGGAAUGAUUUUGGAAGGACCAAGGAAGACCCCAGCGAACCCCCUGCCCGCGCCCUGCUCGUGCCUCGUGGUUCAGCUGGAACCGUGCAGCGCGCCCCGUCCGUGCGAUAACUUAUUUAAUUGCAGCUUUAAUGGCACCACCGUGUUCGUGGCUGGCUGUGCGUGUGUUGCCACUUGUGCACCCCAUCUCCUCGCAGCUGCGGGACCCCAGCCCUCAACCUGCUUAUUUGGGGGGGGGGGGGGGGCAAGGCAGGUGCCUCUCCCCAUUCCCCCUGCCCCGCAGCUGCCUGUCUGAGCUUGGAAAAAAUAAAACCUGAUCGGUGCGGA